AUGGGUAAGAGUUACGUGUUAGACGACGACGAUUCUUCGGACGACGACGAUAAAGUUCCAGAUAUUGUCUCGCCUCUGAAGAAAAUCGAUUCGGUGAUUGAAAACACGACGACCGAGAAGAAGAAAACAACGACAACACUUAAAACCAAAGAGAACGACGAUGAGGAUGAGGAUGAUGAUGUUGAUGUAACCACCACCACGCGCGAUGAAAUUGGUGAAAUUGGUGGGAGGAAUGAAGACGACGAGAAUAAAGAAAAAGAAAGAGACCCAGAGAAGAACACAAUCGAAGAAACAAAGACGAUUGAAAUCAAAUCGGAUUCGGACGAGGAACCGGAUUGGAUGAAAGAGUAUCAACCUCCCACAAAGGAAGAUUCGAACGACGAGAAGAAAAAGACAGACAACACCACGCCGAAGAAGAGCAAUAAUAAUAAAACAAUCAACAUCAGAGACGACGAUUCAGAGGACGACGAGGAGAAGAAAAGCAACAGCAGCAGUUCCGGGUGGGGGUCAGAUGGAGACGACGAGGACGCGAAACCGUUAGCGGUGAGGCUUUCGGAGAAGAAACAGAAGGAAGUGUUGAUGAUUGACGACGACGAAGAAGAAGACGAUAAAAUGGAUGCAGACGAUGCGAAGGAGAAGAACAAAGAGAACGCAGAUAAUAAAGCAACAAAUAAGAGAAAGAUUCCGGCGGCAUUUGUCGGCGCGUCCGUGCCGAAAUCAAAAAUGCCUCUGCUGAUUAACCACGGCGCGUUGCAGAAAACCGCCAACUCGACGAUUUUGUUCGAGUGUAAAGGCUCCGGGGAAGCCGUAGAUUUGUCCGGUGACGUCGGCGUGGUUGGACGAUUGUUAGUCGAGCGCGAAUCGCAACCAACUGGAGGUGGAGGAAGUAAAGCGUCCACGUCGAAACAACAACCGCACGCCUCGGUCAAAGUCGAUUUAAAAGGCGUCAUGUACUUAGCGCGAACGCACUUGUUAUCCUCCACGGUUGCCAUCGUCAACGUCGGCGCGGAAGACGCGAAAAUUGAAACUUUCUUCGACGAGUACGUCCAAUUACGAGAAGACCCGUCCGCGGAAAACGUCGCGUGUGUUGGUACCAUCAACGAUAACUACAUACCUCUCGAACCCGGGGACGAGGGGUUCGAGGAACAAGAACAAAAACAAAGAGAGACGAAAGCGACGAAAGCCGCCGCUGGGAGAGGCGGCGCGAAACGCAAGAAAGCGCCCGCGAAGAAGAAGAAGAAACCGGCAAAGAAGAAGCCGAAAAAGUAA